CAACUCCUAGUCUCUUGUUUAUCUGUCAUGUUGCAAUUCAUUUUCUACAACCCUACAUUUUGCGAAGACUUUGUGCGAAGCUUUACCAAUCCUCUACGCGUCUUCGGGUAUUGCUUCAGAAUCUGCAUCUGGAGAAUUAUGUUGGAUUCAGUAAAUGGGAAUGGACAAAGGGUCAUCUAUAUUAUCACAAAAGGGGACCCUUGUCGAGCUGAUUUUUAUUAUUUUAUGGAGUUUUGUUGAUUUCAUGAGAAUUUCUAUGAUAUGGAGAGUUAGGAGUAUGUCUGGAGAAUCUGCAUCUGGAGAAUUAUGUUGGAUUCAGUAAAUGGGAAUGGACAAAGGGUCAUCUAUAUUAUCACAAAAGGGGACCCUUGUCGAGCUGAUUUUUAUUAUUUUAUGGAGUUUUGUUGAUUUCAUGAGAAUUUCUAUGAUAUGGAGAGUUAGGAGUAUGUCUUGUAAAUUUAAUGCAAAAGUUUAAAACCAUUGAACAAGUAUAAGCAACUGAAGUUGUGUUUGUGCUGUUAUUAUUUCUGAUAAAUAGGUACUCCUGGUAUUACAGAUUUGUAUGUGAUAUGAUAGGGGUCACAUGUCUAGUAUUUAGACUUGGUAGGAUACCAUCUUCUUCAACUUGGUGCGUAUUGAAGUUCUUAUAUGAAUGAUUUUUUUUAGGUUUUUGACAAUCGUGAUGUCUGCAGGCUUCCUGUAUGAUUUUGCUGUCCCGUUUAUCUGAAAAUUUGCCUGGCCUUGCUAACUUGCGCUCAUGUAUAGAAUAUGUGCUUAUUUUGACGUGUGAUGAUCAUCUCUGACUCUGAUUUGUGAUGUUGAUAUGUUUUCACUGCUAAAGUGUUGCCUAACUACAUGUUUACAGUUAUGUUUCUCUUACUGUGUUUUUCUUUCACUGUCUUUGGUCGAGUGUUUUGCUUCUUAUAAUCGGAUUUGUUUUAUAUGCUCUUGCAGUUAGUAUAAUAGAAUGAGCCGCCCACUAGAACCACACAGGCCUUUCCUCUCCUUUGGAAAUCCUUUUCGUAGGAUGUCACCGAAGAGCUCAUACCUAUCACCUAAACUUCUUGCUUUGUUGAAUACAUUUGAGGAGACAUUGCAGGGUAGGAUUAACAAUCUAAGGCCAGUAUGUAGGGAUGAUGUCUUGCGCUUAUCCUGGAUGAGGUUUGCGAUGGACACACUGUGUGAAAUUCAUACUGACGUGAAAACUUUAAUUACGGCUCUUGAACUCCCUGUUUGUGAUUGGGAUGACAAAUGGAUAGAUGUGUAUCUAGAUGAUAGUGUGAAGUUACUUGAUAUCUGCAUUGCUUUCAGCUCAGAGAUAUCUCAGCUGAAACAGGGCCACCUCUUUCUUCAAUGUGUUUUGCGUAACUUUGGUGGUGCCCCCACAAAACAGUCUGAACGGGCCCGUUCUUCCCUAGAGGGAUGGAAGCAACAUGUUGCUAAAAAGAAUCCAAGAUUUGAUAAUUGCUUCUGUGCCAUGGAUGUACUGGCUGAGAAACUGGACCUACCAAAAAUCAAGAACUCUGCCAAGGGGAAUGUCUUGAUGCGAGCAAUGUAUGGAGUCAAGGUGAUCAGUCUCUUGGUAUGUAGCAUAUUUGCUGCUGCAUUCUCUGGUUCCACAAAGAAGUUGAUGGACAUACAGGUUCCCGAAUCUUUCUCAUGGGCAGCAGCAUUUUCUGAGCUCCAGGCUUUUGUAAAUACUGAAAUAAGAAGUCUACACUCGAGUGGGAGGACCACGAUACUGAAGGAGCUAGAAGCUGUUGAUACAGAUGUGAAGAAGUUAUACCCAAUUGUGCAAGAAGAGGCGGUUGAAGCUCAAGUUUUGGUAAGCUCGACAUCAGAUUUAGGAAAAUCGGCAGAAAAACUCUCACAAGGACUUGAUCUACUUGCAAAGGACGUAGACAGGUUCUUCCAGAUAGUCCUAACUGGACGCGAUACUUUACACGGUAACCUUAGAAUCGGUGGUAAUGCAUCUGACGGAGUGCGGCGAGUUAACUUCAAAGGAGGUCCAUUGGUUUGCUGAUGGUUAAAUGUAAACCCGCUCCUUUGUACACAAGUAUGUAGUUUAGGAGUACUGUGUUUUCUGUUUGAAUAUAUACGAAAUAUAUGUGAGGUGUGCUGUGUCUCUGGCUAUGCAUUAAUAGAAUUAUGGGUGAAUCUUUAUGUAAAAUCAGUAUUAAUGAUAUAUAAAUAUGGCUUCAGUAUC